UUAUCACUAACAAUACGACUGGUGGAUCUUUCAAGUUCUUGCUUAAUGACAACUACGUAUGUAUCUACUGUAGGAACCAACUGGAUGUGUAUCCAUGCUGUCAUUUGUUAGGUUACCAUUAAUUUCCAGCACUGAUAAGAUUAAUACGAACGGUAUGAUAAUUGAUAAGCGAUAGCAUAAUCCAAAUGCACCAGAAGCAAUGAUUACUGAAUUCCAAUUAUCCAGAUAUGUAAUGUACUUUCACUUAAUCCGUUUCAUAUUAUAUUGGAUAUAUCUAGAUCAACUUCACGAUGUUACUGUAGAAAAGUUUAUAUAAGAAAAUGUUCACUCGGCAUGAGACUGCAAAGGAUACGUUUGUUCAUACGUAAUGCAUAACUUAAUUGGAUAAUUAAGGUCAAUAAAACUCGGUAUAUAUAGUUCGCAUCGUGCUAUAAAAUUGAUGAAUCUCUUUUGUGUUAUUUGACUUUUCGGAAAAAAAAUUAAUGCUCCCAUCUAUGUCAUUGUCGAUAAUCGUUCUAUUAUGUUCAUAGAAAUUUGUGGUUAUGUACUAAAGUGUCCCUGGUUUUGUUUUUAUCAAACAAACAAGUUUCGAACUUUUCUGUUAAACCUAUCAUGUCAUCUUCUUAAAUUGCAUAUCUGGUCCGAUUCUACUCUAUCAUUUGGACAAGUUGUACUCAAUUCUCGUUUGAACUUUGACGUUAAUGUUUCAUGACAAUACGUGAUAAAAGAAAAAAACUCCGGCGCUAUCGAAACAGUUUGUGACAUUUUCAAGUAUAUUUAAAAGUACGCGCUAAAAAGUACCAUCAUGGAUAUUACAUCUUUGUCCAAUCACAAGCUACCGAAAAUAUCGUCCUAUUACAAUGUCAAGCUUACGUUACUCGUUAAUAAAUAUUUUGGAUAUUGGCCGUCGCUUAAUGUAAAUCAACGAUUUUAUGCUAUCUAUACGUUCUUUAGUUUUUCACUGACAAUCGGCGCUAUUUUACUUGCCGAACUUGUUUACGUGAUCGUUUAUAUACGUGACUUUAACAAAUUGACAUCGAUUUCGCUUCUUUUAUUCACAAACGUCGUUCACGUUUCUAAGAUACAGAAUUUAAUUCGUAAGCGUAAGCAGAUACGCCAUCUGUUGGAAUAUGUAGAAACUGGUCAAUUCUCGAACGAAACGGAUAAAUAUGAAAGGAUUGUAACGUAUUUCUCUUGGUUUGGACUAUUUCAUUAUGCGAUUAAUGUCUUGUUUGGAAUGGGCGCUAUUACUGGAUGGUCAAUUAUAUCCUUGUUUAGCGUUGACAAUGAUAAAAUUGACAGAAGAUUGCCUAGCGAUGGAUGGUUUCCAUAUGAUCCAUUAAAAUCACCUGCCUUUGAACUCACAUGUGUCUAUGAAAUAAUUAUACUUCACGUAUGUGCCUUUCAUAACUUAGCUCUGGAUCAUUUGACGGUCGGUUUCAUGUCUGUCGUAUGUUGUCAAUUUGUAAUUUUAAAUUGUAAUCUACAAAGUAUUGGAGACGAUGUACUCAAUGCUGAAAAUAUAAAAAAUGAUUUAUCGAAUUCAUUGAAAAAUAAGGAAAAUGACGACUUGAUUUAUAAACGACUGGUUAAGUGCGUCGAAGAUCAUAUGACAAUUAUUCAAUUUGCCAAAGACGUCGAGAACAUAUUUAAUUUACCAGUUUUUCUUCAAUUUCUGGAAAGUUGCCUGGUCAUUUGCGUAACCGCCUAUCAGAUUAGUCAAAGUGAAAGCGUCGUUCAGGCUGCUUUUUCUGGCAACUGGUGGAAAUCGAGCGAACGAUAUAAACGGGCUUUGCGUCUGAUGAUGGUGAGAGCAGGCAGACCACUUACUAUCACUACUGGAAAUCUAUUGACGCUAUCAUUAAGUACGUUCAUGGGAAUUUUGAAAGCAUCUUACUCGUUCUUCACGGUAUUGCAAAGUACCAACAAGAAAAUCUAGUUAAUAAACAAAUUGUUUGAUUAGUUUAAUAGUUAU